GGUUGGAGUUGGCGAGUUGUGUUGGCUAGGCGAUGGAUUAAAAACCCGUGGUGUAGAGUGGUGUGUGAGAAAAUAUUCAAGAAAUUGAAAAAAGAAAAAGAAAGAUCGAGAGGAGAAAGACAACCGUGACGAGAGAAAUCAACACUAGGAUAUAAUUUUCAUGUGCCCACUGGAUUUGUGACGGAUUAACCGGGCUAUUCCCCUGUGCAAGACGGCCCUCUGGUGAAGGGGUUUAAUCACGAGGUGAUUGAGCUGUUGGUCCGAUUGGCAGAAUGACGACCGACAUCUCGGUGGUGCGUACAGGAUGGGAUCCUACGUUACAACAGGAGAUUGUCGACGAGUACGAAUACGACGGAGGAAACUCGAGCUCAAGACUAUUCGAACGAUCGAGAAUCAAGGCCUUAGCCGGCGAACGUGAAUCCGUUCAAAAAAAGACCUUUCAAAAAUGGGUCAACUCCCACCUGGUGCGUUGCUCCUGUCGAAUAGGUGAUCUUUACGUUGACCUUCGCGAUGGAAAAAUGCUAAUAAAACUCCUGGAGAUUCUCUCCGGGGAGCGUUUGCCACGUCCGACAAAAGGCAAAAUGAGAAUUCACUGCCUAGAGAAUGUGGACAAGGCCCUGCAAUUCCUCCGCGAGCAACGAGUCCACCUGGAGAACAUGGGCUCUCACGACAUCGUCGACGGCAAUCCCCGUCUGUCUCUGGGUCUGAUCUGGACGAUAAUUCUGCGUUUCCAGAUUCAAGAUAUCACGAUCGAGGAGACUGACAACCAAGAAACUAAGUCCGCUAAAGACGCUCUGCUGCUGUGGUGCCAGAUGAAAACAGCUGGUUAUCACAACGUUAACGUCAGAAACUUCACGACCUCCUGGAGGGAUGGAUUGGCCUUCAAUGCCAUUAUACAUAAACACCGACCAGACUUGAUUCACUUCGACAAAUUGUCAAAGUCCAAUGCAAUUUAUAACUUGAAUAACGCCUUUAAUGUAGCUGAGGACAAGCUGGGGCUCACUAAGCUCCUGGACGCUGAGGACAUAUUCGUGGACCAUCCGGACGAGAAGUCCAUUAUCACGUACGUCGUAACUUAUUAUCACUACUUCUCGAAGAUGAAGCAGGAGACAGUCCAUGGUAAACGUAUCGGAAAGGUCGUGGGAAUUGCAAUGGAGAACGACAGGAUGAUUCACGAGUACGAGAGUAUGACGAGUGAUUUAUUACGCUGGAUCGAGGGUACAAUCGAGGCCCUGGGGGAUCGUAAUUUUGCCAAUUCCCUCGUGGGUGUGCAGUCACAGCUGUCGCAGUUCUCGAAUUACAGGACGAUUGAGAAACCACCAAAGUUCGUGGAGAAGGGAAAUCUCGAGGUGCUUCUGUUCACGUUGCAAUCCAAGAUGAGGGCGAACAAUCAGAAGCCCUAUACCCCGAAGGAAGGGAAAAUGAUAUCCGAUAUAAAUAAAGCAUGGGAGAGACUGGAGAAGGCAGAGCACGAGCGAGAGCUCGCCCUGAGAGAGGAGCUCAUACGCCAGGAGAAACUCGAGCAAUUGGCAGCGAGAUUCAACAGAAAGGCGAGCAUGAGGGAGACAUGGCUGUCUGAGAACCAGAGGCUAGUCUCUCAGGAUAACUUUGGAUUUGAUCUUGCAGCGGUGGAGGCAGCAGCCAAGAAGCACGAGGCAAUUGAGACAGAUAUAUUUGCUUAUGAGGAGCGAGUCCAGGCGGUGAUGGCUGUAUCCCAGGAGUUGGAGACUGAGAAUUAUCACGACAUUCUCAAGAUCAAUGAGAGAAAGGUGAAUGUUCUACGUUUGUGGAAUUAUCUUCUUGAGCUGUUGAGAGCCAGGAGGAUGAGGCUGGAGUUAUCCCUCCAGCUGCAGCAGAACUUCCAAGAGAUGCUGUAUAUUCUGGACAGCAUGGAGGAGCUUAAGCAGAGACUUUUGACUGACGAUUAUGGAAAGCACCUGAUGGGAGUGGAGGAUCUUCUCCAGAAGCAUUCACUGGUGGAGGCUGAUAUAAAUGUUCUGGGCGAACGUGUCAAGGCUGUGGUGCAGCAGAGUCAGAGAUUCCUCGAGCCAGGGGAGGAUUAUCGUCCAUGCGAUCCAGCGAUUAUUGUCGAACGUGUCCAGCAGCUGGAGGACGCCUACUCUGAGCUCGUACGUCUGGCUGUCGAGCGUCGGGCUAGACUCGAGGAGUCCAGAAAGCUGUGGCAAUUCUACUGGGACAUGGCUGACGAGGAGAAUUGGAUCAAGGAGAAGGAGCAGAUUGUCUCAACAGGUGAUAUUGGACACGAUCUUACGACCAUUAAUUUACUGCUGUCUAAGCACAAGGCACUCGAGAAUGAGAUUCAAUCUCACGAGACUCAGCUGAUGUCAGUGGCUGCUGUUGGGGAUGAGCUAGUUAGACAGGAGCACUUCGGUUCGAGAAGUAUUCAGGAGAGACUGAAGGAGAUUCUCUCCAUGUGGAAUCAUCUACUGGAUCUUGCCUCCUUCAGGAGAAAACGCCUCGAGGAAGCUGUUGAUUUCCAUCAGCUGUUUGCCGACGCAGAUGACAUCGACAUCUGGAUGCUUGAUACACUCAGGCUGGUAUCCUCCGAGGACGUUGGUAGGGACGAGGCUAAUGUCCAAUCACUCCUGAAGAAGCACAAUGAUGUUACUGAUGAAUUGAAAAAUUACGCUGCAACAAUCGAACAGCUACACCAGCAGGCAUCAGGCCUUGGUGAGCACGAUGCCAAAUCUCCAGAGGUACUUGAGAGACUCGCAUCCAUCGAUUUUCGGUACAAGGAACUCCUGGAGCUUGCAAAACUGCGAAAACAGAGACUCCUGGAUGCAUUGUCAUUGUACAAGCUCUUCAGUGAGUCCGAUGGUGUGGAGCAGUGGAUUGGGGAGAAGAACAGAAUGUUGGAUACGAUGGUGCCAGCUAAAGAUAUCGAGGACGUUGAGAUAAUGAAACAUCGGUACGACGGUUUUGAGAAAGAGAUGAAUGCCAAUGCCUCCAGAGUAGCUGUUGUCAAUCAAUUGGCGAGACAGCUGCUGCACGUUGAGCAUCCAAACUCCACUGAGAUCGUUAAACGUCAGAAUGAACUCAAUCAGAAGUGGGCGGAUCUCAGGGAGAAGGCUGAGGGUAAAAGAGAGGCUCUCAAUUCAGCUCAUGGUGUACAGACAUUCCACAUUGAGUGCAGAGAAACUGUUUCUUGGAUUGAGGACAAGAAGAGAAUUCUACAACAGACUGACAGCCUCGAGAUGGAUCUCACCGGUGUCAUGACACUUCAGAGAAGACUCAGUGGAAUGGAGAGAGAUUUGGCUGCCAUUCAGGCGAAAUUGGAUGCCCUUGAGAAAGAGGCCCAGUCCAUUGAGCAAGAACAUCCUGAAGAGGCUGCACUCAUUCGAGAGAGAAUCACUCAGAUUCAAACAAUUUGGGAAGAACUCACACAGAUGCUGAAGGAACGCGAUGCCAAGCUCGAGGAGGCUGGCGAUCUCCACAGAUUCCUCAGGGAUCUCGAUCACUUCCAGACCUGGCUCACCAAGACCCAGACGGAUGUUGCCAGUGAGGAUACACCAACGAGUCUCGCUGACGCUGAGAAACUUCUCACCCAGCAUCGAAAUAUCAAAGAAGAGAUCGAUAAUUAUACCGAUGACUACACGAAGAUGAUGGAGUAUGGGGAGAGACUGACUGCUGAGGCUGGUGAUGGUGAUACCCAGUACAUGUUCCUCAGGGAGCGUCUCAAUGCCCUCAAGAUGGGUUGGGAGGAGUUGCACCAGAUGUGGGCCAACAGGCAGAAUCUUCUCUCGAAUUCCCUGAAUCUCCAGGUGUUUGAUCGUGACGCCAGACAAGCAGAAGUCCUCUUAUCCCAGCAGGAGCAUCAUCUCGCUAAAGACGAGACGCCAUCCAAUUUCGAACAGGCAGAGAACAUGAUAAAGAGGCAUGAGGCAUUCAUGACGACGAUGGACGCCAACGAUGAGAAAAUCAACUCUGUCGUCCAGUUUGCAACUAGACUAGUGGAUGAGGGACACUUUGCCGCUGAUAAAGUCAGGAAGAAGGCUGAGAAUAUCAAUGAGAGAAGGAAUAUUAAUCACGAGAAGGCUGAUCAGCUCAUGGAGAGACUGAAGGAUCAGCUCCAGCUGCAGAUGUUCCUGCAGGACUGUGAGGAAUUGGGUGAAUGGGUCCAGGAGAAGCACAUAACCGCGCAAGAUGAGACCUACAGGAGUGCCAAGACAGUGCACAGCAAGUGGACCCGUCAUCAGGCAUUCGAGGCCGAAAUAGCGAGCAAUAAGGAUCGUCUGGAACAGCUGCAGAGGGCUGCCGAUGAGUUGAUCAGCCAGAAGCCCGAGCUCACUGAUAUAAUUAAGCCCAAAGUGUCAGAGCUUGCUGAUCAGUUCGAGGAGCUCGAGACAACGACUCACGAUAAGGGAGAACGACUCUUUGAUGCUAAUCGAGAGGUUCUCAUUCAUCAGACCUGCGAUGACAUCGACUCCUGGAUGAAUGAACUCGAGAAGCAAAUCGAGAGCACUGAUACUGGAUCUGAUCUGGCGUCUGUGAAUAUUCUCAUGCAGAAGCAGCAGAUGAUUGAAACACAGAUGGCUGUCAAGGCUCGUCAAGUCACUGAAUUGGAUAAACAAGCUGAGCAUCUCCAGAGAACGACUCCAGAUGAUAAAAUGGAGGAGAUUAAGUUCAAGAAGGAGAAAGUGGCGCAGAGAUUUGCACAGUUGAAGGAACCAUUGGUGGAUCGUCAGCGUCAGCUGGAGAAGAAGAAGGAAGCCUUCCAGUUUCGUCGUGACGUCGAGGACGAGAAGCUCUGGAUCGCGGAGAAGAUGCCACAGGCCACCAGCAAUGAGUACGGAAAUUCCCUGUUCAAUGUUCAUAUGCUGAAGAAGAAGAAUCAGUCACUGAGAACAGAAAUAGAAAAUCACGAGCCCAGAAUCAACGCUGUAUGCAGCAAUGGCCAGAAACUCAUCGACGAGGGACACGAGGCAACACACGAAUUCCAAGGAUUGAUAUCAGAGCUGAAUGAGAAGUGGAGAGAGCUGAAGGAUGCGAUAAGCGACAGGAACAAACAUCUGUUGCAGAAUGAGAAGGCACAGCAGUAUUUCUUCGAUUCGACAGAGGCUGAGUCCUGGAUGAGUGAGCAGGAGCUCUACAUGAUGGUUGAGGAUCGUGGAAAGGACGAGAUAUCGGCGCAAAAUCUCAUGAAAAAGCACGAAUCACUGGAGCACGCCGUCGAGGAUUAUGCUGAAACAAUCAGACAGCUCGGUGAGACAGCACGUCAGCUGAUAAACGAUCGGCAUCCACUGGCUGAUCAGAUUGCAGUUAAGCAGUCACAAGUGGACAAAUUGUACGCUGGGCUGAAGGAUCUUGCUGGGGAACGAAGGGCUAAGCUCGACGAGGCUCUACAGCUGUUCAUGCUUAAUCGUGAGGUCGAUGAUCUCGAGCAGUGGAUCAAUGAACGAGAAUUGGUGGCUAGCAGCCAAGAGCUUGGACAGGACUACGAUCACGUCACUCUCCUCUGGGAGAGAUUCAAGGAAUUCGCGAGGGACACUGAGACCAUUGGCUCUGAGAGAGUGGCUGCUGUCAAUGGAAUUGCCGAUUCCUUGAUUGCAACAGGACACUCUGAUGCUGCGACAAUCGCUGAAUGGAAGGAUGGCCUGAAUGAGGUAUGGCAGGAUCUUCUCGAGCUCAUCGAAACGAGAACGCAGAUGCUGGCUGCCAGCAGGGAGCUCCACAAGUUCUUCCAUGAUUGCAAGGAUGUUCUCGGGAGAAUUCUCGAGAAACAGAAUGCAAUGUCCGAUGAGCUUGGCCGUGAUGCUGGCUCGGUGUCAGCUCUUCAGAGAAAGCAUGGAAACUUUAUUCAGGAUCUGUCGACUCUUCAGAAUCAGGUGACGCAGAUUCAGGAGGAGUCCGCUAAGCUGCAGGCUAGUUAUGCUGGGGAUAAGGCCAGUGAGAUCACUAAUAGAGAGGCCGAAGUUGUGGCUGCUUGGAAUAAUCUGCAGGCCCUCUGCGAGGGGAGAAAGUCCAAGCUCGAGGACACUGGGGAUCUCUUCAGGUUCUUCAAUAUGGUCAGAACCCUCAUGAUAUGGAUGGACGAUGUCAUCAGGCAGAUGAAUACUUCUGAGAAGCCCAGGGAUGUGUCUGGUGUGGAAUUGCUGAUGAAUAAUCAUCAGAGCUUGAAGGCUGAGAUUGAUACCAGGGAGGAUAAUUUGUUGACCUGCAUUAAUCUGGGGAAAGAUCUGCUUUCCAGAAAUCAUUAUGCUAGCUCUCAGAUAAAGGAGAAACUCACUGCACUCACUGAUCACAGAAAUGCUCUGUUGCAUCGAUGGGAGGAACGCUGGGAAAAUCUACAGCUUAUCCUUGAGGUCUAUCAGUUUGCUAGGGAUGCAGCUGUCGCUGAGGCCUGGCUUAUUGCACAGGAACCGUAUCUCAUGAGCCAGGAAUUGGGCCACACCAUCGAUGAGGUGGAGAAUCUCAUCAAGAAACACGAGGCGUUCGAGAAGUCCGCUGCUGCACAGGAGGAACGGUUCAGUGCCUUGGAACGACUUACUACGUUCGAGCUGAAAGAAUUGAAGAGACGAGAGCAAGAACGAGAAGAGGAGGAGAGACGUAAAAAGGAAGAAGCAGCAGCAGCUGAGGCAGCGAGAUUGGCUAAAGCAACACCAGUAACGAGUCCAGAUGAACCCACGAGCGAACGAGCCGAAGCAGAUGGUGUGACGAGUGGUGAGCAGGACGACCACGUGCAUGCUAAGAGACCGGACCGACUGACUCUAUCCGAGGCCAAGGGACCAGUCAUCCAGACAACCCCAAGGUCUCACCUCUCGGUACCGCCGACGCCGCCAACUCCAAAGGGUAGCAGCUCGGAGUCUGGUACCCUGAAACGUAAGGAGAGAAGUCGCAGCAAAUCGCCAUUCAGGAGUUUCCGAUGGAAAAAAUCCCCGAAAUCACCGAGCUUAGAUCGUAGCGGUGUGAGCGAUGAUGAACACAGUUUUGAGGCCAGAAGCCCCUCUGACGAUGAAUUCGAGGGUGCACUGUCCCGCAAGCACGAGUGGGAGAGCACCACGAAGAAGGCGUCCAACCGAUCCUGGGAUAGGAUCUACAUGGUCAUUCGGGGACAGACUCUUGUGGCUUACAAAGACCAGAAGACCUGCAAAUCAUCACCAGAUCAGACUUACAAGGGUGAAGCCGCUAUUGAUCUUCGAAGCGCCACUAUCGUCAUCGCUACUGAUUACACGAAGAAGAAACAUGUCUUCCGGGUCAAGUCCCAGAGCGGUUCAGAUUUUCUGUUCCAAGCCAAGGACGACGCCGAGAUGAAUAAAUGGGUGAACGUGCUGAAUCAGGCAGCCCAGGGAACAACUGGUGCAAGUACGUCCAGAGCGCACACCCUCCCAGCACCCACCCAAGCCGAGACGAAACGACGCAGUUUCUUCACUCUCAAGAAAAACUAAAUGGGAGGAGUAGAGCCGAAGUAAAAAUGUAAUAACAGCAAAUAAUUCCACCAAGACUGGUGUAUUACCCCAAGAUAUUGAAAACCGAGGAAGGAUUCGUCGUUCGUUGAUUAACAAAGUUUUAGGAGUAACAAAACAGACAAACGAUUUCAACAAUCAGGCCAUAGAAGUCUCGAGAAUCAAUCGAAUGUCAGAUUACAUACGAGAACAAGAGGAGAAUUAAAAUCUGACGUUUCACUGAAUUUCAGGCUGUCUGCAAUAUCGCUAAGAUAGGGAAAAAAAAGAGAUAUGUAACAUUCAAAAGUCCCAGGUGAGCUCUGUCGAUUCUCCUUCAAUUGAUUUCCAUUCUCCAUUAGUGUUCUGACCGAAACCUCACGAAUGACACGAAAAAAUGAAGUUUGGCGCUCGUCUGAUUUUUAAAUAAUCCAGAGAACUUUGACAAAUCUAUAAAUUGAGGUUUCUCGAUUAACGUGACAUAUCGAUACAUUUUAUCGAUAGAAAUAACUGAUUUGCUAUUCAAAUUUAUACUUUGUAUCUGAAUUUUAUUGUUUGGGGCGCAGGGUGUUUUCAAUAAGCGCACAACACGUACAAGAGCCCGUAAAGAGGAGAUAAUGUAGAUUAUCUGCAUUAAUCAUAAUAUUAAUUAUAACGAGGAAAAGGUUAAAAUACCCUGAAUUAUUAUUAAUCACUGGAAAAAGUGGUUUAUUGGUUUUUUUAUGAGUUUAUUGCGUUAUUCCUGAUUGAUCGAAUUGGGAGGUUUGCGUUUUGAUGACUGCCAUAUAUUUUAGGGAUUGUGCUCACCUGGGAUGGGAAUUUAUUAUAUUAAAAGAGUAGCUUUUAACGAAUGUUAUAGAAUGCUAUUUGCCCGAUGGGAUAAAGUCGUAUUUGAAAUGGUACACUGAAAUUAAGAUGAAAUAUUGAAUAUUGUAAUAAUGAGAGUUUCCUCCUUACGAUCAUUAAUAAUAGAAUGUGAAAAUCAUACAGAACGAUUUUUAAGGGCGAAUUUGGGGGGGAAGUGGAGAAGAAGGAGAUUUUUCAUUUUUAUUCGGUAAUUUGCAAUUCUUGAGUUGAAGACUCGAGUCUUUCAAAUUUGACAGCAAUGAAAUUCCUCAUCUUAAACACAUCUUCCCCUCCCCUUGAAAAUCAAUAUUUAAUUCUCUCGAAAUCGAAGAAUUUUUCGAAUCGAUAUCCCUCCCCCCCACAUAAUGUAAUAACAAAUCAGUAUCACGCGAGCCUCCGAAUAAACAAAUUGCAAGCUCUACACUGCAAUUUUCUUACGAUUUAAAUAAACAAAAAUUAAAAGCUUGUGAGCUACAUUUAAAUAUUUUCCGAAUGUUAAUUAUCUUUCUUUUGUAGUAUUUAUCACGUGCAUACUGUUUUAUUUUAUAGAUACGUAAGAUGAGAAAUAUUAAGUAAAAUUCUUUAUCCUGAAUACCUUGUUUUAUUUUAAUGUUUCAAUGGAAUUCAGUCAUUCACUAAAACAUUUCGAGUGAGUUCCCCUCGAGGGAAUUAAUCUUCGAGUGAUGCUCCCACUCCUGACCUUGUCUCCAUUCUUAUGAGAAUUUUUUAUGAACAACUUUGAGAAUUUAUUGAGACUAUAGUGAAGACAUUGAGAUCACUUUGCGGGAGUAAUAAAGGGGCUAUUGCACGUGGUACUUGUACAUAGCACAAGAUGCACGUGGAAAUAUCUUCAUUUAUUUUUCAAUUCAGAGAAAGAUUCG